AUGAGGAUGUGUGACAGAGGUAUCCAGAUGUUGAUCACCACCGUAGGAGCCUUCGCAGCUUUUAGUUUAAUGACCAUUGCAGUGGGCACGGACUACUGGCUAUAUUCCAGAGGUGUGUGCAGGACUAAAUCUACAAGUGACAAUGAAACCAGCAGGAAGAAUGAAGAAGUAAUGACCCACUCCGGGUUGUGGAGGACCUGCUGCUUAGAAGGGGCUUUCCGAGGCGUGUGCAAGAAGAUUGACCACUUCCCCGAAGAUGCAGACUAUGAACAGGACACAGCAGAGUACCUUCUACGGGCUGUGAGGGCCUCCAGCGUCUUCCCCAUCCUCAGCGUCACACUGCUGUUCUUCGGGGGGCUCUGUGUGGCUGCCAGCGAGUUCCACCGCAGCAGGCACAGCGUCAUCCUCAGCGCAGGCAUCUUCUUCGUCUCUGCAGGGCUAAGCAACAUCAUCGGCAUCAUAGUUUAUAUCUCCGCCAAUGCUGGAGACCCUGGGCAAAGGGACUCUAAAAAGAGCUACUCCUACGGCUGGUCCUUUUAUUUUGGAGCCUUCUCUUUCAUCAUCGCGGAAAUUGUGGGUGUGGUCGCUGUGCACAUCUAUAUCGAGAAGCAUCAGCAGUUGCGUGCCAGGUCCCAUUCGGAGCUCCUGAAGAAGUCUACGUUUGCCCGCCUACCACCCUACAGGUAUAGAUUCCGAAGACGGUCAAGUUCUCGCUCCACUGAGCCUAGAUCCCGAGACCUGUCUCCCAUCAGCAAAGGCUUCCACACCAUGCCUUCCACUGACAUCUCCAUGUUCACCCUAUCCCGGGACCCCUCUAAGCUUACCAUGGGGACCCUCCUCAACUCUGACCGGGACCAUGCUUUUCUACAGUUCCACAAUUCCACACCCAAAGAGUUCAAAGAGUCGUUGCAUAACAACCCAGCCAACAGACGUACUACGCCUGUCUGA